AUGACCCAUUUACUCAGAGGCUAGUCUUCUGAGGUGGCCCUGCUGGAUCAACGAUGGAAAGACACACAUCUGUCCUUGGCGUGAAGCUUGGCAAAACUCUCCCAAGUUGCGCGAAGGAUGAUGUGUCAGCUGACGGAGAGGUCUCCACAGACCGCCUAGGGGGAGUACAGUACAUAAACCCACACCUAUUCAAUAACGGUGUACCUAAUCAUAAAAGCGAAGCUCACGACAAGGGGGAGGGUCCGAAUGUGGAUGACAAAAAAAAGAAAAAAAAACACUUUCUGGAGGUUAAUUCCACAGCUGGGACCGAACAGCCAAUCAUUUCAAGCCUCGAACACUCCGCGCACACGGACGCAGUACACAGGUGUUCACGAGGCGACCGGACCUAUGAGAUGAAACUAAAAGGCAGCGGGAGUCCUCUUCUGGUCACCGUGACGUGCAUGUUGCUCUCAGAGGGCUUGCUGUGGUCGUACCGAGAAGAACAGGAUGCCUCUGACAGCAGCGAGUCCUGCUCCGAGAACAAGAUUGUCACGACCAAGUACCCCUGCGUGAAAUCAACCGGAGAAGUCACCAUAUGCUACAGAAAGAAAUGCUGCGAGGGUUUCAAGUAUGUGUUGGGCCAGUGCAUUCCUGAAGAUUAUGACGUGUGUGCGGGCGCCCCCUGUGAACAACAGUGCACGGACCAUUUCGGUCGCGUGGUGUGCACCUGUUACCCUGGCUAUCGCUACGACCGCGAUCGCCACAGAAAACGAGAGAAGCCUUACUGUCUGGACAUCGAUGAGUGUGCAGACAAGAACACGACAAUGUGCACCCAGAUCUGCAUCAACUCGGCGGGGAGCUACAGGUGCGAGUGCGAGAAAGGCUAUUUCCUGGAAGAAGAUGGAAAGACGUGUACCAAGGGGGAGAGAGCUGCACGCUUUUUUGAGAAGUCUGACAAUAUGAUGAAGACUGGGACCUGUUCAGCUACAUGUGAAGAUUUCCACCAGAUCAGGACAUCUGUAUUACAGCUCAAGCAGAAGAUGGCCAUGCUUUCAAACACAGCCGAGGUCCAUGAGCAGAAGACAAAUGAAAAGAUGCUGACGUCACAUUCAUUGUUAUCAGGGUCUCCUGGUCUCCCCGGUCCUCCAGGACCAGAGGGGCCUCCAGGACGCACAGGGCUUUUGGGCCCACCUGGCCCCCCUGGACCCAGAGGCCUGAUGGGGCCCAUAGGACCCUCACCGGACCUGUCCCACAUCAAACAAGGCCGCCGAGGUCCCAUGGGACCUCCUGGAGCUCCGGGAAAAGAUGGCAUGAAGGGGGAGAGAGGAGAUCCUGGGCCCUCUGGACCACCAGGCCCGCCGGGUUCCUUCGACUUCCUGCUGUUGUUAAUGGCAGAUAUCCGCAACGACAUCGCUGAACUGCAGAACAAGGUGUACGGCCAUCCAAUUCAGUCGCCAGGGGAAGACUCCACUGUGGUCCCUGACAGCUGGAGGGAAAGCCAGGACAGUCUGGAUAUGGGCUCUGGAGAGGACAAGGAUAUGAGACAUCGAGCUGAGCAAGGCUCGAUGAGAAACAAGAAGAGAAAACCAACGCGGGGCAGGACAGACUUUGAUUGGACUACUUGAAGAGAACGGAUAUCAUUACUUGUUUGUGGCAGAUGUAAAUAUUGAGCAGUUUUCUUCUUUAUUUAACUCUCAUGAAACUGAAUGUAUACCUUUUUGAUCACAGAAGUCUAUUUUUGUAUUGCGUGUAAGAUUGUCUAAUUCUAUUUUUUAUAUAAGGACUAGAACUGAAUGUUUUAGUACUUGUAGGGUUUUUUCUUCCAUGUUGAAAACAAUCUGUUUCAGGAGCAUUUUUUUUUUCCUAGAGGACAUUCAGUGAGUCUCCAUUUUGUUGAAACCAGUAUAUACACCAUGUCAUUAUAUCAAUGUUACAUAAUCUGUCCCUUGAAGACUCUUAAAUCAAGUAGGUUGUCUAAAGGAGCACACAUGAGAGUUGAGGUGGUGAAGAACGUGUAUUGUUACCCUUUAUUUCUUCAUUCCUUGUAUGCAAUGCACUUCAGUAUCACACUAUACAGCAAUGCUCCAGUUACUAAAUAAAUAGGCAAUUUUGAUGCAAAUAGCUGUAAUUAUAUUCUUAACAUUGAUAUUAAUGUUAAAAAAAGGUGAUCUGACGGUUUGCUGAGACUCACUGGCCAGCCCACAACCACAUGUGCAGCACUGAUGCUUGACAAGGCAGGAAGGUGAUGUCUUAGUUAAUGAGGGCUAAUAAUUAGUGCUUGCCAUCUAUGUUCAUAAUCUAGAUAAUGCCGGCAGCCAUACCAACAUGUACCCUGGCUCUGCCAAAUGACGGAAGCUAAGCAGGUAUGGGCUUGGCUGCUUGGAUGGGAGACCUCCCGGGAAAAACUGAGUUGCUGCCGGAAGUGGUGUUGGUGGGCCAGUAGGGGGCAGUCUUCCAUCUGGACCGAGUAAAAACAACAAAUAUCAAAUUCCAAUGCCCCAGUGCAGUGAUGGGGGCACUGUGGUGUAGGAGAUGCCGUUCUUCGGAUGAGAUGUUAAAUCGAGGUCCUGACUCACUGUGGUCAUUAAAGGUCCCAUGGCACUUAUUGCAAAGAGUAGGGGGUUCCCCGGGGUGCUGGCAAAAUUCCCAACCUGGCUCUCUCCAUCUGGCCACCUAAUCAUGCCCCCCAUGUAAUUGGCUUAAUGAUUCCUGCCUCUCCACCUGAAGCUAAUGUGUGGUGAACAUUCUGGCGCAAAAUGGCUGCCGUGCAUCACGCAGGUGGGUGCUACACAUUGGUGGUGGUUGACAUGAGCUACCCCCUUCAAGGUGAAGCAUUUUUGGUGUCUAGAAAAGCGCUAUAUAAAUGUAAUUAUUAUUAUUAUUAUUGUUAUUAUUAUCAAUGGAACAGAUGUUUUCAAAGUUACCAUGAAAUACUUAAAAUUAAAUCUUGGUUGUUUAAAACUGAAUGUAACAUAGAUUAGUUGAGCUAAAUUACGUUUCUUCUUAGUUUUGAGCUAAUUACAAACAGACAAGAGUCCAGGCCACAAAUAGCAUAGUUACACAGUAGGAUAACCCUACCAAGUGUAAAUUACUUUUUUUUAUCAUCAGAAGUAUUUGCAUAAGUAUUUUUGGAGAUUUCCGACUCUUUCUGUUUUUGUCUUGAUGUAUGAGGUAAUAACUGUUUGUUUUCUUCUUGUCCUGUUACGUCUGAAUGUGUUAUUUUGAUGUGGACCCCGACAAGGGUAGUGGAAAUAGAGCAACCGUCCAGAUUCAAAACAGAAUAAAUAAAGUGCAAUUUG